GGGCGGGCGGACUAAAGCCAUUUUGGGGACGGUGUCAGUUUCCAGAGCUCCAGCAAGCAGAGCCACACACAUACACGCUCGCAUACACACACACACACACAUACACACACACAUACACGGCGUCUUUCAAACCGCCCAACGAAGAGAGCAGAGAAAGCGGAGAGCCGAGCCAACGCAGCCGUUUACCGCGCAAAUUAAAGCUCCUUCGUCCAGAGCCGCGGCUUCAGCGGCUCCGCGGAUCGAGAAGAGAACAGAGCGGUGCGUUGGCUGCUCGGCUGGUCGGUGUUGGUGCGAAGCGGCGCAGCGAGGCUACAAUGGAGCUGCUGCGGUGGAGCCACUGCAACUGACAGCGUCUGCACUUCAUUCCAAGAUGGCCGCUUGGGUAGCAUUCAUUUUCUGCUGAUCGACUCUCAACUUUCAUUGUCUGCCACAAAAUAACCGCUGGACAGAAACCGUCGCGGAAUAAAGCAGGUUCUCAGGUUCAUAUGAAGAUGCAUCGAACAACGAGGAUCAAGAUCACGGAGUUGAACCCGCACCUGAUCUGCGUGCUGUGCGGAGGAUACUUCAUCGACGCCACCACCAUUGUAGAGUGUCUGCAUUCGUUCUGUAAAAUGUGCAUAGUGCGGUACCUGGAGACCAGCAAAUACUGUCCGAUCUGUGAUGUUCAAGUUCACAAAACAAAGCCGCUGCUGAAUAUCAGGUCAGAUAAAACUCUUCAAGACAUUGUGUACAAGCUGGUGCCUGGGCUCUUCAAAAAUGAAAUGAAAAGGAGAAGGGAUUUUUAUGCAGAGCAUCCAUCAGGUGACGCUGCUAAUGGAUCGAAUGAGGAUCGAGGCGAGGUGGCUGAUGAGGACAAGAGAAUUAUUGCUGAUGACGAGAUCAUCAGUCUUUCCAUUGAGUUUUUUGAUCAGAGCAGAUUUGAAAGUGGGAAUGGGGAAGACAAAGGAACUACAAAAGAGGCAAAUGUUAAGCGAUAUUUACAGUGCCCUGCUGCUAUGACAGUGAUGCAUCUCAGAAAAUUUCUCAGAAGUAAAAUGGAUAUUCCAUGUACCUUUCAAGUUGAGGUCAUGUAUGAAGAUGAGCCUCUGAAGGAUUACUACACGUUAAUGGAUAUUGCCUAUAUCUACACCUGGAGAAGGAACGGGCCCCUGCCACUGAAGUACCGAGUUCGUCCUGGCUGCAAGAAGAUGAAGCUGAACAGCCCGAGGGCCGGCGCCACCGGAGGCACAAAGCCCGAGACGGAGAGUGACUCCGGCAGCGACAAGCCCAGCAGUCCCUCCGCUUCUGUCCCUGCCCCUGCCCCCUCCACAUCCUCCUCCUCGUCCAGCCCGGCCGCUCCGGUCAAGACCCCACACGCGACCUUCCCCCACAUCUCCACAGUCAACGGAGUCUCCACCAAAGCCAGCCCUAACGGCCAAGCCCCCUUCAGCAGCAAACCCAGCAAAGGCUCCCUAAACGGCUCCAGCUCUCUGGGGUGA